UGCAUUGUCUGGCAUUCCGACUCAGAAGGCUGAACCCGGCGCGUGCCCGUCCGUCCACUUCUUGUCGUUCUAUUCUAAGCGUUAGCAUCCACAAUGAGGGAAAUUGUGCACAUCCAGGCCGGCCAGUGCGGUAACCAGAUUGGAGCAAAGUUCUGGGAAGUCAUCAGCGAUGAGCAUGGCAUCGAUCCCACGGGGACCUACCAUGGAGACAGUGACCUGCAGCUGGACAGGAUUAGUGUCUACUACAAUGAGGCCACAGGAGGGAAAUAUGUGCCUCGGGCCAUCCUAGUAGACUUGGAGCCUGGUACUAUGGACUCUGUGAGGUCUGGACCCUUUGGGCAGAUCUUCAGACCUGACAACUUUGUGUUUGGUCAAAGCGGUGCUGGAAACAACUGGGCCAAGGGUCAUUACACAGAGGGGGCUGAGCUGGUGGACUCGGUCCUGGAUGUGGUCCGUAAGGAGUCUGAGAGCUGUGACUGCCUGCAGGGCUUCCAGCUCACUCACUCUCUUGGUGGCGGAACAGGAUCCGGAAUGGGAACUCUGCUCAUCAGCAAGAUCCGUGAGGAGUACCCUGACCGCAUCAUGAACACUUUCAGCGUGGUGCCUUCUCCCAAGGUGUCAGACACAGUGGUCGAGCCAUACAAUGCCACCCUAUCAGUUCACCAGCUUGUGGAGAACACAGAUGAAACGUACUGCAUUGACAACGAAGCUCUGUACGACAUUUGCUUCCGUACUCUUAAACUUACUACACCCACCUACGGAGACCUUAACCAUCUGGUUUCUGCCACCAUGAGCGGCGUCACCACCUGCCUGCGAUUCCCAGGCCAACUCAACGCAGAUCUACGCAAACUGGCCGUCAACAUGGUGCCUUUCCCCCGUUUGCACUUCUUCAUGCCCGGCUUCGCUCCCCUAACCAGUAGGGGCAGCCAACAGUACCGUGCACUCACAGUCCCAGAGCUCACCCAGCAGGUGUUCGAUGCCAAGAACAUGAUGGCCGCAUGUGACCCUCGUCACGGCCGCUAUCUUACAGUUGCAGCCGUGUUCCGUGGUCGCAUGUCCAUGAAAGAGGUAGACGAGCAGAUGCUCAACGUGCAGAACAAGAACAGCAGCUACUUUGUCGAGUGGAUCCCCAACAACGUCAAGACGGCCGUGUGUGACAUUCCACCUCGCGGCCUGAAGAUGGCCGUCACUUUCAUUGGCAACAGCACAGCCAUCCAGGAGCUGUUUAAGCGAAUCUCCGAACAGUUUACAGCCAUGUUCAGACGUAAAGCUUUCUUGCACUGGUACACAGGCGAAGGCAUGGAUGAGAUGGAGUUCACCGAAGCAGAGAGCAACAUGAACGACCUCGUGUCUGAGUACCAGCAGUACCAAGAUGCCACUGCAGAGGAAGAGGGGGAAUUUGAGGAGGAAGCAGAUGAAGAUGCUUGAAGCUUCAAAUGCUUAAACAAAACAAAACAAAACACUCAAUGGAACAAACGACAAGUAGUCAAGAAACCAACGGUGUCAAGAGCAUAGGUAGAAUUCAACAUUAGCUUCCAGUAGAAAUCCCCUGUCUUUAAAAAUAAAUUUGGAAAAUGAA